AUGAUGAUGAUGAUGAAGAUGAUGAUGAUGAUGAUGAUAGUGAUGAGUGAUGAUGAUGAUGAUGAUGAUGAUGAUGAAGAUGAUAGUAUUUCAUAUAGUUGGCCAUUAUCACAUUCACGUCGAGUGAUACGUCAACGACCACGUUUGCAAUAUUUUCCAACGAUGCCAUUAGCUAGGAAUGUGUCACUCAUUGAUCGUGUCAUCGUACCAUCAUUUAAUCUACGAGCAAAUUCAAUGAAUUCAUUACGUAAUAUACGUUCUCGACAUUCUCGUGGCUUUUUUUAUCCAUCAUUUCCUGAAAGAAGAUGGUCAUUUAGUCAUUUACCGUAA